AUGUCAACUCGAGAUAAAUUAUCCGAUGACUGCUUCAUCGAUGUUCCUGUUCUUUUGCUUCGAGGCGAAGGCAGCACUCUCUUGUCCAUUGCCGUUACAAACGUCCUGCUCAUGUUGACAGCUAUUUGGGGAAACGUUUCGAUCCUUCUUAGCUUCGUCCUGUCGUCUUCAUUACGAUCGACGUCGAAUUUUCUCUUAUUAGGAUUGGCCUUAACGGACCUUGGGGUUGGUCUUGUGGUUCAUCCAUUAUACGUUCUCGUUUUACUUAGCCUUUACAACAACAGUAUCCCUCCUUGCGCAGUGGUUGCCGUUUAUAGUAUAUCAACGUCCUUCUUAGCAGGUCUGUCACUUUUGUACAUAACUGUUAUUGGCACCGACAGAUACCUGGCACUUCGCCUGAACUUGAGAUACCGCGAGUAUAUAACCGAGAGAUGGAUAAACACUACACAGAUAGUUAUGUGGGUAACUAACGCUUUGCUCUGCCUGGUUUGGUUGAAAGGUUUUGAAGUUUACUCAACGCUAGCAGCCGUUGUCGUUGCCUUGUCACUUUUUCUAACAUUUGCCAUUUACAUAAAAUUGUACGCUAUUGUUAAAAGGCACAAAGCCCAAAUACAUAGCCAAAUGCUUACACAGACGGCCCAAUUUGACCUUGCUCGUUCAAAAAGACUCCGGAAAUCUGCUGUUAACACAUUCUACGUCUUUUUUACAUUCCUUCUCUGCUACCUGCCCUUCUUUGUCGCCACAGCGAUAAACAACAUGUCUAACACGAAAACAAAAGAGGGAGUUGCUAUCUACGAAUUUACUACGACAUUGAUGCUCUGUAACUCUUCUCUGAAUCCGCUAAUGUACUGUUUACGUCUGCGAGAAUUUCGAAAUGCGCUCAGUAGCACUUACCGCAGAAUAUUUUGUUUAGAUUAG